GUGUGCCUAACUUUACUAUGCUGAUUCGGCUUUAGUCAUUGUUAUUAAAGAUGACGGCACCCGUACCACCGAAGGAAAUUAUUACAUAUUUAAGUCAAAAUCAAAAUGUUGCAGACAAAGAGCUGGCUGCUGAAUGGGCGCAGAUCGAGGAAUUAUACAUUAAAAGGCUCUGGCAUCAACUUACGCUCAAAUUAGAAACAUUUGUGAAACAUCCGUCCCUUGCGAAAGGAGAUAAUCUGGUACAAUUAUACAAUAAUUUUUUAUCCACCUUCGAAAAUAAACUAAAUCCUUUAUCAUUGGUGGAAAUACUAUCGCAUGUAAUACAACAGUUUCAAGAUAAACAAGAGGCAAUCAAGUUUUUGGAAAAAGCCGAAGCUAAAGUUAAAAGUAGCAACGAAGCUGUGGCUCUGUGUAAAGUCCUCAUAGGACAGAUUUUAUUGGAUAAAUUAAAUAACCAAGAAGAAGCAAAGAAGAUUAUAGAAGAUGUAGAAUCUAUGUUAGAGAGCGCCGAUGGUGUCACUACGGUUCAUGGUAGAUUUUAUUUGUUAGCCAGUCGUCUUUAUCGCUUGCAAGGAAAACAUGCCGAAUACUACCGUACCGCUCUAAGAUAUCUGGGUUGUAUCGAGCUAAAUACUUUAAGCAGACAAGAACAAGAGCAGCAUGCAUUUUUUCUUGGUUUGGCUGCGCUUUUGGGCGAAGGAGUUUAUAAUCUUGGAGAGUUAUUGGCUCAUCCUGUAUUACAAUCUUUAAAGGGCACACCAAAUUCGUGGUUGGUCGAUUUAUUGCAAGCUUUUAAUGCUGGAGACAUUGCUGCAUUAGAAAGAUUAAAACCACAAUGGAGUAAAGUUGCUGAUUUAGUUGCACAAGAAUUAAAAUUAAGACAAAAAAUUUCUUUGCUGUGUCUCAUGGAAAUGACAUUCAAAAGGCAAGCGAACAACAGACAACUAACAUUUGCAGAAAUUUCUCAGGAAACUCGAUUACCACUUGGUGAAGUAGAACUGUUAGUAAUGAAAGCUUUAGCACAAGGCUUGGUUCGUGGUGCUAUCGAUCAAGUUGCUGGAACAGUGAAUAUGACGUGGGUACAGCCUCGUGUAUUGGAUCGUAGUCAAAUAGUUGGAAUGGUUCAAAGACUCGAUGGAUGGUGUAAAGAUGUUAGCUCUAUGGAGCAUCUACUAGAAUCUAGAGCUUCUGACAUUCUUACUCUUUAAUAUUAGGUUCAGAAUACUUUCAUUGAAGCAUUUGUAAUUUACUUCUGUAUGUUAAUUAUCUCAUUGGCUUUAGCAUUGUUUUAAAAGGGGAACACACAGUAAUAAUUGUUACAAGCAACUGAUUGAUACAUAAUGUCUAUAAACAACAAAAUAAAAGUAGUUUCAUGUUGAUAAGUCAGCGAGUUCAUACAGGAGAAAUCAUAAGCUCUAUUUUCUUGAAUGCAAAAUUAUAACAAUACUUGCAGGUGACUCUAAAGCAAAUAUUCUUGGUUUGAAUUUAAUAUCCUAAUGAAAGCAAUUUAAUACGAUUUUUAAUAUUAUACAUAGGAUAAUCAUUUAGAUUUGUUUUUGUGUUCACAAACUUUGUACUACGACCGAAAUAAUAACAAUAAUAAUGAUUAUGUAUAUUAACAUUCAUCAUA